AUGUCCGCCCUGUCAUCGAUUCGAUCUGCGCGUGGCUUCUCACUCCUGCGCCUCGGAGGACUACAAUUUCACCACGUCAACUCAUCCUCCUUAAUGCGACUGUAUCCCGUCUCUCGCUCAUUGCAUAGCCUAUCCAGCACUGGCAAAGUCCGAAAUAGCUUAACAUCAUGCCAACUUCCAUUUUCUAUCCGGUCAUCGCUCCCCAAACCCACAGUGAGAACCUACGCCGAUCGAAACGGAUCUACCGGAAAAGCCGAAGCCGAUCUCCUGGUCGAGGAAUUACAAGAGCUGUACGAAGUUGCUAAAGACGAGUUCGAAAUUGCCACUGAGAGCACCGACUCAUCAACCAUCUAUGCUGCUUCGGACCGUGAGUCUGCCCGCGAUGCUCUAAACCAGCUGUCCGCUGUGUACAGCCUCUACACUGCUCGUCCUGGGGAAGUUGAGAAUGAGACCGACGAGUCAUUGUCUGAGGUAGAGGAACCGGAGGAGAGUGCUAUUGUUGAGACCCAAUACAAUCCGGCGGAGAUCUCACAGGGUGUCAAGGAUGAAGUGCGUAGGCGAGUUGGGCAUCGGAUUCGGGAGUUGAAGAAUGCGAUUGAGGCACUUGAGGAGAGGGCUAUGGAAGAUUAA